AUGGACAUGGAAGAGGAGGGAGAAGGCGAGGCGACGACGGCCCAGAGGAAGGGGAGCAUAGCGCCAGGGGAGAAGCAGCCGUUUGCAGUGCAGAUGACCGCCCCCUCGGGGGUGACGACGGAAUUGGAGAGCGGCGUCACGGUGCUGGGCCGUGGGGCCAAGUUCGGCAUCACCGACCGACGCGUGAGCCGCAAGCACGCCGAGGUCACUGUCUCCAAAGAGACGAACACCGUCACCCUCAUGUCGUCGGGUGUCAAUCCAUCGUUCAUCUAUCGCAAGAGCGAUGGCCCCGAUGCCAGGCCCGAGGUCGUGAUGAAGGGCGAGCUCAAGAUGCUCAAGAACGGGGACCGCGUGUCGCUCAUUGAGGGCCUCCUGCUCUUCACCUUCGCCAUCACCGAGGAGGAGGACGGCGAGGACUCGGCCAUCGAAGACGAGUUCGACCAGGACGCCACCCAGCCCAACGUCGACUUCACCAGCAGCCUCGACGCGGCCGGCGGCGAAGGUGGUGGCGGCGGCAUGCCGUCGCCGCUGCGCGCGGCGGGCAAGCGACCACGCGGCACCGGCGUGCCCAGCUCGCCCGGGCGGCCGAACAAGAAGGCCAAGCAGCUGGAGGACGCCUCGCUCUCCUCGCAGGACUGGGACUCACAGAACUCGGACAACUCUGUCGAGAUGCCCGGGCUGCGCGGGGCGAAAAUCGAUGCGAAGGACCUGCGGUGGAUUCGACCGAUCGGCCAGGGCAGCUGCGGCGAAGUCUACGAAGCGCUGUGGCGAGGCACGCGAGUCGCCGUCAAGAAGGUGUUUAGGGGAAUUUUGGAAAACGACGCGCUGAAGGAGUUCAAGGCAGAGACACACAUUCUGCGGCGGCUGCGACAUCCCAACGUCAUCCUGUUCAUGGGCACAUGCACCCAAAAGCGGGAAAUGUGCAUCGUCACCGAGUUCAUGUCGCGCGGCAGCUUGAACCUUCUGCUCAAGGACGAGAGUGUUGAUCUGGGGUGGGAUCUCAUCGUGAAAAUCGCAAUGGAUGCGGCGCAGGGCAUGAAUUACCUCCACACGUUCGACCCACCGAUCAUCCAUCGCGACCUCAAGUCGCACAACCUGCUCGUCGACCAGAACUUCAACGUCAAGGUGACAGACUUUGGGCUGGCGCGAGCGAUGAACAACGACGACAUUGCGAGCACAUUCUGCGGCACGAUGCCCUGGACGGCACCCGAGAUCUUCAACGGCUCGGGCUACACCACCAAGGCCGACGUAUUCAGCUUCGGAAUUGUGAUGUGGGAGCUGAUCACGCGCGGGGAGCCGUACGAGGGCAAGUCGAAGCCGCAGAUCAUCGUGGGCGUCAGCAAGGAGGGCCUGCGACCCGACAUUCCGCCCUCGUGUCCGCCCGACUUUGCGCAGCUCAUGCGCGACUGCUGGGAGCAGGACCCCGAGCGGCGACCGCGCUUCGCCCAGGUGCUGGAGCGCCUCGAGAAGAUGCAGCCGCCGCUGCCGGCCAACACCAUCCCCACGAUCAACGUCGCCCUCAGUCCCAACGCCAUGACCGAGAAAUUUAAGGCCGUCACCGAGCAAACGCCGGUGGGAAUGAUGCACAGUUGGGAGAUCGAGGGGUCGGAGCUGGCCUUUUCGGAGGAGGUGGGCCAGGGCGCGUCGGCCCACGUCUUCAAGGGCAAGUACCGCGGCCAGCAGGUGGCCAUCAAGGUGCUCAAGGCGACGGUCAACCCGGAGGAGUUCAAGAAGGAGUUUGAGAUCAUGAGCGAGAUCCGCAGCCCGAUGGUGGUCUUCUUCUACGGCGCCGUGACGCGACCCAACCUCUCCAUCGUCACCGAGUUCCUUUCCCGCGGCUCCCUCUACGACGUCAUGUCCUCGCCGGAGGUGAGUUUCACGUGGGAGUUGGCGAUCAAGCUGGCGUUGGAGGCGGCCAAGGCGGUCAACGCUCUCCACUGCUGGAAACCCUGCAUCGUGCACCGUGACCUCAAGAGCCCCAAUUUGCUGGUGGACGAGAACUACAACGUAAAGGUGGCCGACUUUGGUCUCGCGCGGUUCAAGACCACCAAGAACGAGGCCUCGCUCGCCAAGCUACGAGGCACGUACGUGUAUGCGGCGCCGGAGACGUACAACGGGCAAGGCUACACCACCAAGGCCGACGUGUACAGUUUUGGAAUUAUUUUGUGGGAAAUGGCCAUGCGCGUGAUCACCGAGUCGUAUCAGAGGCCGUUCGCAGAGUACAAACACCUCAAGUUCGACUUCCAGAUCAUCAUCCAGACCGCCAAGAAGGGCCUACGACCGACGCUGCCGGAGACGUGUCCCGUCAAGUGGCGAGAGCUCAUGACGCGAUGCUGGAGCCACGAGCCCGACGCGCGGCCCGAGUUCGAGGAGGUCAUCGACCUGCUCGCCGAGCUCAAGGCCAACCCCGAGCUCAGCAAGCUCAGCACCGAGGCGCCAUGA